AUGAGUUCCAAAUCAGCGGCAGCAAUCUUGCAGCGGCAGUACAAAGACCUCACAGACCCUAAGAAGGGCAUUCCAAGCUUCCAUAUCGAGCUUGACGAUGAUAACAUCUUUUUGUGGAACAUUGGCAUCAUGGUGCUUAAUGAGGAUUCAAUGUACCAUGGCGGCUUCUUCAAGGGCCAGAUGCGUUUCCCAGCAGACUUCCCCUUCUCGCCUCCAACUUUCCGUUUCACCCCGGCCAUCUACCAUCCGAACGUUUACCGUGACGGCCGCUUGUGCAUUUCUAUUCUCCACCAAGGCGGAGACCCCACACUGGACGAGCCCGACAGCGAGACAUGGUCCCCUGCGCAGACGGUGGAAAGUGUGUUGAUCUCCAUUGUGUCACUUUUGGAGGAUCCGAACGUCAACUCGCCCGCCAAUAUCGACGCGUCGGUGGAGUUGCGCAAGAACCCAGAGGCUUACAAGAAGAAGGUUUUGCAGGAGGUGCAGCGGUCCAAGGCCGACAUCCCGGAAUCGUUUGUAAUUCCUGAAAAUGAGGUGCAUGCUUACGGCGGUGCUGACGCCGGCAACAAGGAGCUUGAGCAAGAGCCAGUUGAUGAGGAUUUCUGGUAUGACAGCGAGGAAGAGAGCUUUGACGAGGAGAGCUUAAUGGACGACAUCGAUGACGAGGAGGAUGACGUUGAGGAGGAAGAGGAAAGCGAUGUGGACAUGGUGAAAUAG